AUGUUUUGGCUUCUAGCAGUGUUACUGAGCCUUGCAGCUGCAGAUCCGCCUAAGGAAGAUGGGACAUGUAAUCCAAAACUUGCCAAUCAGUAUGAUUACAUUAUAGGUAGGACCACUCACUCAUGUAAACCGAAACUCGCCAAUCAGUAUGAUUACAUUAUAGUCGGUGCUGGAACUGCCGGAUGUGUGUUGGCUAAUCGUCUGUCCGAACACCCAUUCCACAAUGUGCUCCUGAUAGAAGCAGGAGGGUCGGACAGAGAUCGUCCGGAGACCACUCUGAUAGACACUCCGGCCUUAGUGUCAGAUUUGUGGAACUCCAGUGCCUCCUGGCAGUACAUGAGUGAGCCACAGUCCAGUGCUGGUUUCGGCCUCAACGAAAAUAAACCGAAUAGGCUGAGUCUUCCCCGGGGUAAGGUGGUAGGUGGCACUAUGGCCAUUAAUUCUAUGGUCUACCAGCGAGGCAGUCCAGAGAUAUUUAACCAAUGGGCGGAAAAAGGUGCCCGCGGUUGGAGCUACAAUGAAGUAGAGCAGUAUUUUGAGAGAAUGGAAGAUGUCAGACUGCACGAACCCCAUAAUAAAGGCAAACGGGGGAAAUGUGGUCCUGUAAGAGUGACACAGAACAAAAUAUCAAUUUUUCGAGACCUGUUUGGAAAUGCAUCCUUAGAGCUUGGAUACCGGCGGAUGUCCUGUAAUGAAGGUGUAGAUGAAGGUUAUUGUGCCUUACAAAUUAAUACAAAGUCCGGAGAGCGAUGGAAUACAGCUAAGGCCUACCUAGCUCCAGUCAUGGGGCGAAAAAAUCUUGAUGUUCUCACCGAUUCCACAGUGGUAAAGAUACUACUGUACCAGGGCACGGCUGUUGGAGUGGAGGUUCGUAGCAACGAAGGCAAGACAAAGCGUGUGUUUACACGGAAGGAAGUAGUACUAAGUGCUGGAGUUUACAAUACUCCCAAGUUACUGUUGCUGUCAGGCAUUGGUCCUCGGGAACACUUGAAAGAAUUACAGAUCCCAGUGAUGUCCAAUGUUCCUGUUGGAUUAGAUUUGAAAGAGCUUCCAGUGGUUCCAUUACGGAUAUACAUGGACAUUCCAUCAUUCAGACCAGAAUUGCUUGUGGAGCCGAGACACACUUUGGCCUACCUAACAAACAGGACAGGUUUAUUGUCGGAAGUGUCCGCCAUGGAGGGACUGCUUUUCGCCAAGACGUCACAGGAUUCCCCGGACUGGCCGGACAUCAACUUGUACUUCAUAAGCACUUUGUUUGAUCGUCUCCCGGAAGUUCUGCGUGGAUGGAACAUUAAACCAGAGUUGAUGAGGACGUGGUUUCGUGACGGUCUUCAACACGAAGGUGUACAGAUCAUGGCUCAGCUGAUACAUCCAUAUAGCCGGGGUAGAGUUGCGUUGAGGAGCGAUGAUCCAAUGGACCCUCCCCUCAUUGACCCCGGGUUUCUUACCGAUAUUCGGGACGUCAGGGAAUUGAUAAAAGCUGUACGACUUAUCAAUGAACUUGUCAACACCAAAUACCUGAAACGGGCAGGAGCAUCAAUGGACCAACCUUUCCAGGAAUGUAAUCAAUUCAUCUACAACACAACUGACUAUUGGGAGUGCUAUAUACGCUACUUUGCCAUCGCUAACUUUCACGGAACCGGAACUGUGAAAAUGGGAGGCGUCAAAGAUAACUCUGCUGUUCUCGAUCCAGAACUUAGAGUAAAGGGAAUUCAUGGCCUGAGAGUGGUAGGUUCUUCUGUUAUGCCUGAGCCUACAGAGGACCAAACUGCAGCUGUAAUCAUGAUAGCAGAGAGAGCUUCUGACCUCAUAAAGCUGGCCGCCGGCGUUCCUGUGGGAGACGCACCUUUGAUUCCUAAUGGUGGGAACCCCGGAAGACCGAUUCACCCGCCUGGACAUCCGGGUAACCAGCAUCGUCCACAUAGUUCGCCGAUGAACCACGGACCUUUGGGAAUACAACCACAGGGAAUGAUCUCUAAUCCUUUAACACACCAGCCUCUUCCUCCGAAUGCCCCACCAAGACCGGCCAGCUCGCUCGUUAGUCCUCCAAACCAUCAAUCACCCAUCGGGCACAACUCGCUUCAUAAACCGUUAGGUCCACUAACAAGUUAGAAGACCUUAAAUUGUAAUUCAUACCGAUCCAUGAUAUACUCUAAAUAGCACCUUCAUGUGACACAAACUGGUCAAUCAGAAUUGGUUAAAUAAAAUAACUGAAUAAACAUGUUAAAAUUAUUCAUUAACAUGUAAAACAAUCCAUAUUAGAUGGACAUAAUAUGCAUUUUACCAUUUCAUCAAAUUUCCAAAACAAAUAUCGACUGAUGUGAAUUUCUAAGGGUGCUAUUUCCGAAAAGGUGUUUACAGUAACAAAUAUGUAUACUACACAAAACAUUAUGUGUAUGUGUGUGUGGUCUUGACAUAUUCGAUGGAUAAGUUCAAUUAUACAUUAUAAGGAACACUCCUAUAUACAGUAUGCAUCCUGAUAAACAUUUGUAUAUACUGUAUACGCCUUCAUUAACACUCGGGUAUACCGUAUUCAUCAUCAUAACACUAGGGACAAUUUCAAUGACUAGUCGUCAAAACGUCUCAAUUCAAGAACUCUUGAUUGCAUUUUUUUUUUUUUUUUUUUAUACAAAAUGCUUAUCAUGAUGAUUAUGUAGAUCUUACGGUUUACAUUUCAUUGUUGUCCUAUAUUUACCUGCACAGGUAAUGUGUUUUCGGUAGAGUAAAAUCUUAGGCAGGGCGUAAUAAGAUGACCUCGUUGACGUUUCGAAUAUUUUAUGUUAUGAUGUGCUGCAUUUACGUUAUUGUUUAAGAUAAUCAGCAAAUAGAUAUUUCAUGAAUGUAUUUGUCAAUAGGUUUUUGAAAUGUUAAGGUUUGUGCAAUUUUUUACGCAACCAAUGUGAAUGAAUACAUGUGUUGCAUUUCAUUGGUAGUUCAUUGGGC